AUGUUGUUUGAGGAAAAUAAACCGGCUGUCCCCUAUAGAGUGACGUCAUAUUGCUGCGACUGUUUACAUGCGACCAUCAUGGCGCUGUUUCCAGCUUUUGCAGAAGCAGGGAGUAACAAAGUUGAAGAUUCGUCCAAAGAAUUAGACUGGCUGAACAAUAAGAGUUUUCAGGCUGGAGAUGCCCUCGCUAUACAAAACCGAUAUUUUGAUAAGACCAGUGAGAGGCUGAAACAGAAGGAAACAAGCGUAGGCAGAGAGGCGAGCUCUGCAGAGGAGGAGGAUGAGGAAGGGAAUGUGCCAUGCAAAAAGAAGAAAAAGAAGCGUGAAAAGAAGAGGAAAAAGAAGAAAAAACAUAAAAAGAAGAGUGGGAGAUAUUCAGACAGUAGUGGGUCUGACUCUGAACCAAUUUUCCCCAGUGACCUCAAAAGAGAGCAAAAGGCAGAGAGUCCCCAGGCUGCUCCUGUAGGAAGUCGUUUCUCCUGGUUGGAUGACCUCCAGUCACCUGCAGAGCAGCUGUUCUGUGUGGACCGUAAAGCAGACCCAGCCAACUGGACGUAUAAGUCCCUGUACAGAGGAGACGUAGCCAGGUAUAGGAGGAAAGGCAGCUCUUCCUUGGGCCUGGAUCCUAGCAGACAGGGAGUCAGCUGGACGGAGUCAGAGUCAAAUAAGAAACAAAAAAGCGGGGACAAGAAGAAAGCAGCAGACAGAUACUUCUCUACAGUCAGUCGGCAGCUGCUGAGGUCCGAGCCCCCUGUUCCUACGCUACCUACAGUCCCUGAGGGCAGUGACACCACCGGCCCCAUCUCCUUCCUUCCACUGGGUGAUGAUGAGAACAAACGAGGAGAGACAGGUGACAGAGUGCAGACAUCCUCAGUAAAUCCUCUCGGAGUGUAUGACUCGUCCACGACUCUGUGGCUGCAAGGGAAGGGACAGCAGGAGAAGACAGAGCAGCAGAAGCAGGACAAAGAGACGGGACAGAGUGCGGCGCGUUUCUCCGGGAGGACUGAAGAGUUCAACAGGCGGCUCAGAGAGCAGCCAGCAGACACGCAGCUCUGGAUACAGUUCAUAAGAUACCAGGAUGAGCUCAGUGCGACAUCAUUUGGAGGCGAGGAGGAGCAACAGGGCAGCGAUUCGGCUGAUCGUCGAAAGUCUUCCUACCGAGCAGUCCUGGAGAAAAAGCUGAGCAUCGCAGAGCGCGCUGUUGCCACCAACCACGGCUGCAUAGCUCUGCAGCUGGAGAGGCUCAGGAUCUGCCAAGAGCUCUGGGAGCCCUCACAACUGGCUAAAGAAUGGAAGAAACUGGUGUUCCUCCACCCAAACAGUGCCCCCUUGUGGAGGGAGUAUCUGCUGUUCACCCAGAGCUACUUCAGCAACUUCACCGUGUCAAAGGUGAACUCUGCGUACGGAAAGUGCCUCAGCACUCUCAGCGCGGUGCGUGACGGCAGCAUGCUCUCUCAUCCAGCUCUGCCAGGGCUUGAGGAGGAUAUGUUGGACAUCUUCACCCAGCAGUGUCAUUUCCUGCGUCAGGCUGGUCACUCAGAGAAGGCGAUUUCUCUGUUUCAGGCCAUGAUCGACUUCACGUUCUAUAAACCCGACAGCGUACAAGAACUCUCCACUAAACAGCAGGUUGAGUUCUUUGAGCCGUUUUGGGACAGUGGGGAGGAGAGGAUUGGAGAGCCAGGAGCCAGAGGUUGGAAAGCGUGGAUGCUCCAACAAGAGCGAGGAGGGUGGCUACAGCCCAGUGCAGAGGAAGAGGAGGAGGAAGAGGAGGAGGAGGAGGAGGUGAAGGAUCGGAGCCAGCCCAGGUGCACAAUCUGGUUGGAUGUGGAGACGUCUCGUGAAGCAGCUCACUGGCUGCCCUGGAGGCCUGACAAAGCCAAGGGCCAGUCAGAAGAGGACUGUGAGGACCCGGACAGACAGGUGUUGUUUGAUGACAUUGGUCCGUCCCUUAUUUGUCUGUCUUCACCAGAGCUCCGGUUCCGUCUUCUUCUCAAUUUCUUUUCAUUUCUGGGGCUGCCGGUAGACUCAGCGCACUCUUCUGCCCCCUGUCAGCCUGGCCUGCUACUGGAGAACCUCUCUCUGCUCACUCAGGAUAAUGAGCUCAGGCGUCCUCUGACCGCCCACGACCUACCAGACCCCGGGGUUAACUCUGUAGGUCACAUGACCACCCUCCAGGGAACAAGGAAGUGGGUGGGGCUUGGGAAGCAGGGCGAGAAGUUUGUCACCAAUGUGUUCAGCAUGGUCCAACCUGUCCUUCCUGCUCACCACCGAGCCGUCCUGUCUCUCAGGUGGAUGCAGUACGAGAAACUCAAGGUCUUCCGCUGCCUGCGUGGUGGCAACAAAAAACGUCUCCGCUCUCAGGGCAAAAGCAGCAAGCGGGUAGCCAAACAACUGCUCAAAGAACCUGAUAACCGCUCGUCGUUGGUGCUGUGGCGGGAGUACGCCCACCUGGAGUGGAUGCUGGGCAACCUCGACGAGGCUCGUAAAGUCUUCUCCACGGCCACAACUAUAGGGGGAACCAAAGGGCUGAAGAGUGCCACCCUCUGUGAGCUGUGUCUGCUGUGGGCCCAGCUAGAGGUGGAAGAAGGGGCCAACGUGCGAGGAGGAAAAGCUGAUGCCACUGGAUCCCCAGCUGUGUGUGUACUGACCGGGCUAGCAGAGGGAACCUUCUCAUCCUCCUCUUCAUCCUCCCAGCCUCUUUCUCCAGUUUCCAUCCUGAAAGCCAGGAAGUCGUAUGAGCAGGCUCUCACUGCCGGCUUGUCAGCACUGGACCAAAAUCCCAACAACCCUCGAGCCAGCCGAAAAGGUCAUGAGGACCUGCUAGGAGAGAAAGUGAGGCUGAGAGGCCUGACAGGCUGCUACGCUCUGUUCCAGUACCUCACAAUGGGCAUCAAAGCAGCGAAUGCUGUCUACAGCCAGGCCAGAGAGAGGACGGAGGAGCUGCACCGCACGCUAACACUUGACAAGCAGCUAAACAGUAAUGACAAAGCCAGUGCUGAUAGCACUGAUGCUAGCCAGUCUGCAGCUGAUUCCAGCCAUACCAGAAGGCAGGAUGCUAACAGGGUAGCUGCAGAGUGUGAGGCAAUAGCAGUGCAGCAGGCAGUGUUGCUUAGAUACCACAACAGCAUCAGUGUGUUUCCACUGGCAACACUGAGAGAGACGUUGACCUCUGCCCUCUUCUCCUGGUCCAGCAGCGCCCCCCUCUGGAGCAUUUAUGUACAGGUGGAGAACCGUUACCAUAGCGCUGGCCGGGCGCGUCGCUUUUUUUACUCUGUAAUCAGGGACAACAGCAGUGUGGUGCCGCGCCUCUUUGCUAUUGUUGCUGAACAACAAAGGAAGCAGCUGGUGGACGCUGCUCAGAGGUCUUGUUGCCAUGAUGCUCCCUUGCCCAUCCUUCCGGAGAAUGGCCUCAGCAACCGUAUCCGUGGGCUCUUUGAUAGCGCCAUAGCAACAGAGAUUGGCUCGCACUGUCCUUUACUUUGGAGGAUGUACAUGCACUUCCUGGUGUCAGAAGGGAAAGUGGAUAAAGCCAAAGGCAUCUUCUACAAGGCGUUACAGAAUAUUCCUUGGGCUAAGGGUUUGUACAUGGACGCAGUGCAGCUGUUCCCCGAGCACCUGCAGGAGUUUGUAGAUCUGAUGACGGAGAAAGAACUCCGACUCAGACUGCCUUUAGAAGAGCUGGAUAUACUGCUGGAGGACUAAACACACACACACACACACAUCUCAUUCAAGAACAUCAGCACACUUGAUGGCAGAACAGGACACAAACUUGGAUGCUUACACACACAUAGCUGCAGUGUUAAACAGUUAAGUGAUCUUAUGGGUUAGGAGCGAUUCUUUGUACAGAAUGUCUAAUGCUUUAUUUUCCACAGCAAACACUAGUUAAUAAAUGUGUGAUUCU